AUGGCAAUGAGAGAAGUAAAACUAAUAAUCAAUACUGAAGGAAUACUAAAGAAGUGCCAGUCUAUGGAUAGAAAUGAUGCAUCUAUCACAUCAGUUAGAACAAUAAGUCAUAUGAAUAUACUAAAGCGCAUACUUAAGGAUAAUCUAAAAAUAGAAAGCAAGGAGCUUAGUGAACAGAAAAAGGAAACCAUUCUAAAAAUAAUCAAGAAUAAUAUCUGUCAGCAUCUUACAUACAGUUUAGAUGAAGAUUCUACUAUGCGAAAUAUAAUAUAUAAAUUACUGAGUGAAACUGAAGAAACAGUUAAAGGUGCAUCCAUCUCCUUAGCUAAUACACUUAUAGAUCCAAAUCCGCUUAUAUACAACCCUGAGCAUGGAAUAAAUAUACAGUUUGAUGCGCAUGGAGAGGUAGAUAGUGUAUCUCUAUCUCGUGAAGAGCUUGAUCUAAGUGCUAGAACAUGCACCUUGAUGGUUGACGAUAAUACAAACUUGGAAAAUAUCCUUCAACUUACCUCAGAGAGUCUGGAUAGAGAGAAUGCUUUUUUUGUC